UUUUCUUGAGUCUCUGUUGUUGCGGCGGCAUUUUUCAUCCUAAAUAAAUCGGAAAAUUUCCCCAAAUUUUCGCGCAAAUGGCUGCCGGCUGCAGCAAGUCGUUCACCUCCAAGUACGAGGAGGAGCUGUUUUACGACGUCGAGUUUGAGGACUUUUGCAAGAGCUUUGAAUUUUCGAAUUCCUCUUCCUGCUGGAUUUGCAACGGAUAUUACGGACCGAGUUACGGGGAGCCGCUUUGCGGCACGUGUCACGCGUUCAUCUUCCCGAACCAUCCGAGUGAGGAGGCGCAGGGGCUGGUGACGGAGUUUUCCGACGACGAGGAUUCCGGGAACGAUGAACCGCCGGAGAACGGGUCCGAAGCGAAGGACCGGGAUGAUGAGGAUGGCGGCGGGGGUGGGUCGGCGGAUUCGGACGUGGAGCGGCCGCGGCCGUCGGCGCCGCGCAAUUUGAACCAGUAUUUGGACAUGCUUUCGCAGCCGCGGGAUUCGGACGAGUGCCAGCAGAAGAUUUGCUCACUUCCGGUUGAGGUGCUGCUGUCGAUCUUUUCCUAUUUGGAUGAUUUGUCGUUGUGGAACGUGAGCGAGGUGUGCAAGCAGUGGAAGCGGAUACUGGAGGUCCACACGCCGCAGCAGAUGUGGAAGAAGUAUACGAAGGAGAGGUGGCCACUUUUUCAGCAGAUUUCCACCAUUCCGAACUGGUUGCAUGUGAGGAUCAACGGGGAGGGACUUCCGGUUGGGAUUGUGGGACUAACUCCUGCCUUUUUUGUAGAUGUACGGAGCCCUGAUGAAUUCCUGCUUCUGCCGGACCUGCCUCAUCCAGAUGGCGAUGAAGACGCCGAUGGCGAUGGGCCGCGUCAACCACAUCCGGGCGAACCGACUGCGGAGCGACAUCCGCUCGCUCGAUCUGGACGCGACCGAGGGCAUCGACGCCGUCGCGCUCGACAACCAGCUGUUCCACUGGCAGGCGUCGAUUCUGGGGCCCGCCGGAAGUCCGUACGAGGGCGGCAAGUUCUUCCUCUACAUUGUCAUUCCCUGCUCGUACCCGAUGCUGCCGCCGCAGGUUCGCUUCCUGACCAAGAUCGUCCACCCGAACGUGUCGCGCCACGGCGACGUCGGAAUCGACAUCAUCCAGCACAACUGGUCGCUCGCGUUGACCAUUUCGAAGCUGCUGCUGUCGGUCCAGAGUCUGCUGACCGAUCCGUUUACACAGAUCUGCAUGGAACCGGAACUCGGCCGGAUGUACGAGGCGGACCGGCCCAAAUUCGAGGCGCUGGCCCGGCGGUGGACCUGGAAGUACGCCAUGUACGAGGUGCUGCCCCCGCUCGAGGGACUCUUCUAAAGCACGUAGUCAACAAAACAGUCGUAAUAUUUGUAAACAACUCCAGGUGAGUUUCGAAUUCCUACCUUAGCUGCGCUGAAACUGGCACAAAAUUACUUGCUAGCUUACAAUAGAGAGAGACACACACACCCACACUUGAAACACUUUGCAUCUAACGGACAAUAUUGUUUCCUAAAAAAAUAGUGAUUAAAGGAAUAUUCGUCUAAAAGUAUACUGAAAAA